GCACAGUUAGCGUUUUGUUGUUUAUGUAAAAAAAAAAUAUAUGUAAGAGAAUGGUGUCAUCGUAAGUCAACAGAAAACAUUGAUAUUGAGGGUUAUUGAUACUAUGAGGACGAAUGUGAGUUCUGUGGGACUUGGUAACUCUUAUUGUGGUACGCUCGCCUCCAAGACGUGUACCGACUAGAUGAUUGUUAGGGAAGACCAUAUAUUACAAAUGUGCGACGCCUAUCGCUCUCUAACCUGCUUUGCGAUCGUAUCUUGAAGCAGGUGUCAAACUGGAAGUCUCUAAGUCAGACGACGACGGCGACACCAUGCAGCAGGAGCUGCCAUCCAGGCCGCGCCCGAGCUUGAUGCUCGGUCCCGAGCCCAAGCACCUUGCCCCCGACGACGAGGAUGACGCACUAGUUUUCCUGAGGCAGGCCCUUCGGCACGCGACCGAGCACCUCAACGAACCAGAGGACGAGGAGACUCGCAAGGCAGCCGUGGAGGAGCUGCGUGUAUGGGCGCUGGACCAGCCGCACCUGAAUGCUCGCACCGAUGAGUGGAGUCUGACCUGCUUUCUCAGAGGCUGCAAAUACAAACAAGACAGGGCUCGCAAAAAGAUGACCAAUUACUAUGAGAUCAGAAGCAAAGUGCCUGAGUGGUUUCAUCAGAGAGAUCCCACAUUACCAUCCUUGUUAGACCUUUUAAAACUUGGAGUAUUUUUACCAUUACUUCGAAAAGAUGAGGAAGGCAGGACUGUGGUUUUGAUUAGAGCCGUUAUUCAUGACCCAUACAAGCAUAAGCUCUCAGAUGUUUUCAAAAUAGGGAAAAUGCUUGUUGAUCUUUUACUUGAAACUGAUGAAAUAAUUUCCAUCUAUGGGGUUUUUGCUGUCAUUGAUUUGAGUGGCGUAUCACUGGGUCAUGCCCUACAACUUACACCACCUGUUAUUAAGAAAGCAGUACAUGCCUGGCAGGAUUGCUAUCCAGUGCGAACAAGGAGCAUGGACUUCAUUAAUGCACCUAUCUAUGUUAAUGUUGUGCUAAAUAUCUUCAGAAAGUUCAUGAAUGACAAAUUAAAGAGGAGAGUUCAUGUGCAUGGUAAAAGCCUCAAUUCACUUCACAAAGUUGUGUCCCCUUCAAUCCUUCCAGAGGAGUAUGGUGGUACCUGCGGAACUCUGCAAGAACUCAGAGAUUACUGGCUUGAACAAGCAGUAAGUAAACGUCUUUGGUUCCUUGAAAAUGAAAAGCACAAAGCCGAUUUUGGAAAUACUGCUAACCCAGAUUGAAAAGUAGCACAUAGUUACUGAAACUGCACAAAUUAUUGCCAAAGUAAUGACUAAACAACUAGUUAGUCAAUAGAGCUUUGACAAUGCGCACAAAGUCAAGACAACUUCAAGCAAUGUUAUUUCAGUUCAAGAAGAGAACUAAACAUGAACAUUCUUGUCUUACUACUUUUUUUACAAAUGUGUUCAUUUAUUCAUUCCAUGACCAAAUAAGGGAAUCCAUACCAAAAUCCACUUGUCAAGUUCUAAUUUGAUCUUAAAAGCAAUAGACCACUGCUGUUGAGAUGAAAGUUGAUACAUUUACUUAUACGAAAAAUCCUAGGUAGUAUUUAAAUGUGAUAUUGUUU